AUGCUUGCUGUAGAAAUGAGAGAGAAAACGAGGAACAUGUUUGCUAGCCUCCAUGCUUUGCUUCCAGAUCUACCUUCUAAUGUUGAUAAGUUAACCAUUGUGGAUGAAGCAAUAAAGCAAAUAGAAAAUCUACAACAGAUUGUGGAAAAUCUAGAAAAUAAGAAGCAAGAAAUGCUUAAACCUAUAUCCCCGUUUGUAAGUGGGUCAUCAUCUGUGAUUAACUCACCAUUGAAUUCCUAUGAAUCAAGGGAAACUAUAAUAGUUGACCAAGGAUCCUCUAGUUAUAAUAAUAAAUUGCCUAUCAGUGCAAUUGCAACUUCAAAUGCAAUAUCACUAGAUGCACCUCCAUCACAACAAGUAGCUUUUCAAACUUGGUCUUCUCAAAAUGUUGUGUUGAACAUUUGUGGGGGUGAAGCACAAUUUUGCAUAUGUGCAACUAAGAAGCCGAGUCUCUUAACAACAAUUGCUUUUGUGUUGGAGAAACAUAUGAUUAAUGUUGUAUCUGCCAACAUUAUGUCCAAAGGAAAUGGAAAUGUGUGCAUGAUUUUGAUUCAUGCAAGCCAGUGUUCAAAUGACACAAAUUCCAUGGAGGAAACCUACAAGGAAGCAGCUGGAGAAAUUAUGAUGCGGAUAUCUUAAAAUUUUUAUUAUAAAACUUGUCUUCUCAUUUUGUAUGAAUUUUAAUUUUUUUUUUAUUUUUCUCCUAAAAACAAUUAGAAAUGGAGAAAGUUAGAGGGUAGUCUUAUGAGCAAACAAGUAUAAUGUUUCAUUUAUUAUGGAAUUACAGUGAUUUAUGUUUUGUUAUGAAGCAUGGAAUAUGGUGUUUAAAUUAGUUUAUAUAUACUUUUUGUGUUUUCUUUUUCAAAGUAAUCAACAUUAGUUGUAUAACAAUAAUAAAAACAACAAUCAAGCCUGGUCUCACUAAGAGGAGUUGGUUACAUGGAUCAACUUUCACAAUAAUGUUCUAUCCAAGACCAUAGUUCUAUUCAAAUCAUUA